AUGAAGAAGCAACCGAACAAAUCCGCUCUGAAUCUGAAAUGUUUCUGUCUAUAUGUUGCCACGAAGACUGUAAAGCGCAUGGAGACCUAUCGAGUUCGGGGUUCUACCAUAAAAGAUCAAAGAAAGCUCCUACUCCCUCUCUCCUUUGGCCCCUCCUCGUCCUCUCUUUUACAAAUCCUGGACCAGCAUAUUGAGGGGCAAUAUGCUCGCAUGAACAGAUCUGGGUACGAAUUGUUUGUCGUGCAUAUCGAUGUCUUUCUGGAUCCAGCAGACCGGAAGGAUGCUUCUGAGUUAUUGGAGAAAUACAAGAGUCGAUUUUCGAGGCAUACCUAUUCUAGUUUUGGGCUUGAAAAAGCACUUCUUCUAGAUGGCAUCGACUGGAAAGCUUUGGAUGUUCCAGGCCCCGAGGAAGCGGAGUCUAAAAAGCCAGCUACGGAACGACUGCAACAUUUACUUGGAUCAAUGUCGUCCGCAACUUCUAGAGCGGAUAUAGCCUCUACAUUACUUACUCGACUUCUAGUGGACGUCGCGAAGAGGCAUGACUGUGAAAGUAUUCUAUUUGGAGAGUCUACUACCCGGCUGGCCGAGAAGACCCUCACGGAAACGGCCAAAGGUCGCGGAUUCUCCCUGCCAUGGCAAGUCUCCGAUGGAGCAUCGCCGUAUGGCAUUGGGUUCAAUUACCCCUUGCGGGAUCUCCUGAAGAAAGAACUAGUCACAUAUACUUCGUUAACAUCACCGCCUUUAGCUGAGUUGGUCAUUUUCCAAGAGAAGUCAUCCAACAUCUCUGCAUCUUCAAAGACAACUACAAUUGAUGAUCUGAUGGUACAGUACUUCGAGUCUGUUGAAGAGAACUAUCCAAGCAUUGUUGCAAAUGUCGUUCGAACAUCAAGCAAAUUAAAAUCCCUGACGGGCAAUGAUAACAAAGGAUGUGGUUUAUGCGGGCUUCCAGUUGCCGAAGGGACUGACGGAAUUUAUGGCUGGGGAGGAGACCAGAAUUCAGACUCACGGCCAGCAAGAGAGGAUGACCAAUAUGGUGUUUUGUGCUACGGGUGCUCCAGAUCUAUCAACGGCUGA